AGCCGGCUACUUCCACGAUCGAUACUCCAGACUCAGGCGCUCAGAGAAUAACCUACAGAGUACUUCCAACAAGAAACGAGCGAAGAAAUGGCUAACCCCACACCGACGACGACUGCUCCCCCGCCUGCGCCAGGCCAGGCACCAAGACGGUCAAGUCGGAUAUCCGGAAAACCCAAAUCAGAAGUCGCGCCUCGCCGGAGACAGAAAAAAGGGGGGAAAGCUACCAGUGCUACUACUGUUGUUGGUAGUAGUGGUGGUGGUAGUCGUACUUCAAAACAGGGAAAAAAACGUGCGGCAGAUGCGAUGGAUGCAGAUGCGGAAGGUGAUGUGGAUGUAAAGGAAGGGAAGGAGGAUGCGGUGAGUGGAGAGGAGGGGGGAGAUGCGAAAAAGGUCAAGUUACCUCCUCCUGACGAAGAAACAGCCAAACCUGCAGAGGCUUCAACAGAAGAAAACCAGUCACCUGGGCCGGCUGCUGAGCCAACUCAAGCGGAGGGUGGUGACGGCGACGUCCCGAUGGCUGAUUCUGAGCCUGUGAAAACAACGAUUGACAUCGGCGACACGCUUCCCUCUCUUACCGUCAAGAACGAGAAAGGUGAAGACGUCGAGACGUCCACGCUCGUCGCCGAAAAGGGAGUUGUGUUGUUCCUCGUGCCUAAAGCCGAUACGCCGGGAUGUACGCAGCAAGCAUGUGGAUUCAGAGAUAUCUGGCAAGAAUUCACUGCGCUCGAUUACGAUGUGUAUUGUCUUAGUGCGGACUCUCCGACUGCGCAGAGUAAAUGGCAGACCAAGAAAAACUUGCCCUACGAGCUUCUCUCGGAUCCGAAGCGCGUACUCAUCGGUGCGCUCGGUGCCGCGGAAGGUAACAAGACGAAGAGGAGUCAUUUCGUGUUUGAGCAAGGUGGGAAGCUUAUCGAUAAGAAGAUGCCAGUUAAGCCCAUGGACAGGUACGUGACGUGAGACUCGUGUAUGUUUGUGUGCGUGUUCUAUCGAUGCUGACGGACUCGUGGUUUGCUGGAAUGGAAGUAUUGGUGACUCGUAUAUUGUCGGUCUCAAUUGUGCAUAGCUUGUAUGAGUAUGAUUUUCUGUGUGUUAGCUGUACAGGGGCUCACUGCAAGUACUGUGGAUGAGCUGUGCGGAUGAGAUCCGGGGUAGUCAGUACCAAACUUCCUCUGUGAC